CCCGACGCGGCCAUGCUGCCUCCAAAGAACUGCCUGCCGCGGAACUACAGCUGCAUCGCCGGGCUGUUCGGGAGCCUGACGGCGGCCAACCCGAGGCUCGAAGAUGGGGAGGACUUGGACGUGGUGAACGGCUCCUGUGAACCCAUGGAGAGCCCCGUAGUGGACGAGAGGCCCCGCGGCAGGGAGAUUUUUCUGAAGACGCCACAGAGUCCGAACCUCCGCCGAAGAUGCAAAUCGCUCCCGACACCUUCAGAGAGAGCCAAGUUGGAGAUCGCUCGCAGCAGAAGUCCGACCAGUCAGAAAAAGGUCCGGUUCGCGGACUCGCUGGGUCUGGAGCUCAUCUCCGUGAAGCACUUUGAUGAAGCAGACGAUCCGGAGGUGCCGGAGCGCAUACUGGCGAAAUUACCCAAGGGGACUCUCCAUCACCUGAAUACAAAGUUCCCUCGGGCUCCUUCACAGUCUGUGUUCAUGGAACUGCAGUUCACGAAUCCAGGCACGCUCCCAGGCUUUGAGCAGAAAAUCCGAGAGGUGAAAGUGCUUUUGGAGACGGUGGAAACGGACGAAUUCAGCCUCUCCGGCUUCGUGCGCGUCUUGAACCUGGCGUUCGAGAAGAGCGUCUCGUUGCGGUACUCCCUGAACAACUGGAUAACAUUUAUGGACAGUUUGGCCACAUAUGUCCCCAACUCCAGCAACGGGGACACUGAUAAAUUUUGUUUCAAGAUUGUUAUGCCCACCUACCUUGACAACGGGGGCACUUUGCAGUUCGCUAUUAAAUACUGUGUUGGGGGGAAGGAAUUCUGGGACAAUAACAAUGGGAACAACUACAAAGUGCGACGCCAUCAGUUGAAGAUGUCUCCACCUCGGGAAUGGGAAAACGGGUGGAUUCACUUUAUCUGAACGUUGGCACAUUUUGUGCGCAAUUUGCGCGCAACGAUCCCCUGGUACCUUACUCUGUGGCUGUAGCUCAUUAAAUGUUUGGAUUUUUUUUUCUCCCGUGCUAUGGUCAGCUGCACACAUGCUGCAACGGAAAAUAUAGACCCCCCCACCCCCAGCCUCAUUUAUGGACCGCAUGAGCCUGACAGGGUCCCAGUCGGUGGGAUGUCGCCUGAUAAUUUGCCUUGAUGUCAGGGCUCGGGUGCAGCUCGGUGCCCUUUGGGAGGGCACGCUCACAUUACGUAAUGUGCCACGGGAAAAAAAAAAAGCGCGGGGCAAAGCCUGCUUCAGGGCUUCACUACUUCAGGAGAGGUUGUAAAAAAAAAUGUAGCUGAGUGCCGUGGUGUUUCUCCAAAUGUCACAUUGUGUUGCAUGUGCGCGUUCAUGUUGAUUUACUGGGAUGCAGUCCGUGUCGCUGUUAGUCCUCCAGUGGUUUCCUCCACUCUGAGGGAAACCUACAAGCUGAAACAGAAAACAUUGAAAAUAAUUCACAUAGAAUAUAUAUUAUAAGAAAUACAACUAUAAAGAUUAUUUUAUAUACAGAAGGUGUAUAUUUCCUAAGCGAUUCCAUUUAACUGCCUUAUUCUAAGCCAUGAUGUAGGAAGUUAUUAUUUUUUUAGAACAUAAUAAACACCUUAGAAUAUUAUUAUCAAAAUGCUUACAUCUUAACAUGUUCAUAGAAAGAAGUUUGUCAAAAUCUUGCCAUCACGUUAUAGUCUAGCUGCUAUACUUUUGUACAUUUCCUGCUGCAGUCAUUUCAAAAAUCUAUUAUUAAAUUUCAAGAGGAAAAACAAAACAUAUAACAAUAUAAUUCCAGUAACCUAAAAGGAGUGUGUUUAUGAAGAACGGGAGCAUGUGUGAUGCCUUGAGAUCCGUUGUUGUCAUWAAGAUAAAAUAUAUAUGCAGUGAUUGAAAAUUACAUGUACCUCAAAUUAUCUUGUGAACUUUCUCCUGUUCAGGUCUAUUGGAAUAGAAGAGGCUAUCUAUACUAUUAUUUUUACAUUUAAACAAAAGUCUAUUAUUGCAGAACAUUAUAGACAAAUUAUAACAUUUCUUUUACGUUCUUAAUUGCACUGAGUUGCUGCACUGUUCACAGAGCGGGUCUAUAGAAGUAGCUUCCACAGGUGACCAUGUUGAAACGGCUUCUGCUGCWUGAGAGACACUCGAUAGUCAUCACUUGGAGUCUAUAGUGCUGCUCCUUGCACUCUGAACAAAUGACCAAAAAUAUGAGCAACACUAUAGACUGAAAAGUUAUAUUCAUUUAGAUGCAAUUUGUCUCAGUUUUUCACUUUCAUCCUGUGGUUACAGACCGGUGUUGAAUUGUGUCACAUCUGUUUUUAACUAUAAUUGGACUUUUAAAUCUGCUCUCUUCCAUUGUACAGAUUUGUCUAUAUGACGACAAAGCUUGUAGAUGAACUGAAUGUACACAUUCAUCUUGUUUGUUGUUUUCAUCCUGGCUCAUUUGUUUGUUUGAGAGCAGGUCGAAAACUGAGACGUCAGAAAGUUGAGGAACAACAGUAGCAUUGCUUUUAAUUCCAGGACUCUUGUCUGUAAAUCUGAACAGAACUUUUGCCUUUGUUUACAUCAGCAUGGCCUCAGGGGGGAGCUUUCCUCUGAAUGAGAUUGGUAUGUGGAUGGAGGCUAUUCCUGUAAACCACUUAGGUUUUGGAACAGAUGGUGAAUCCAUCAGUGUUUGAUGGUUUGAUAAAAUUUUACAUCCACUAACACAUAGCUGAUGUUUCUUUUAUGUACAGAGCCACAUUUGUUAUUCAGAUUAGUUUGGAUGUAAAAGAUCCUGCCUGACAUGUCUGUCAGUUGUAUGUUGUUGUUUUUUUUUUCUUUAGUAAAAACGUGAAUAUUCCAUACAUACAUAUUGUUUGAUAAAAGUGAUAGUUCAGAUCUUUUAAAGUAGUAUUAUWCAAAAAGGUUAUAAACAAAUAAUUUAUACCUGUUAUAAAUCACUGAAUGGCCUCAGGUUGUAGAAACUGUGUUUUGCUGACUGAUUGACAAGAUAAUGGGUCGUCUGAGUGGAGCCAAGAUCAAAGCGUUGUCUUAAAAUAACUCAGAUCUGUAAAGAUUUCAUAGCAGUUUGUGCCAGCACAACAACGACAACAGUUAUUUUCACAUUAAAUGGUUAAUUGAACAAAAUUUUAUAGUUGUCUGCAAGCACAAAUAGCAACAACAGCAGCUAGCUGUAGCUCUUCUGCUGCAGCCUGGUGAUUUAAAACAUUUUUUUUGCAUUUCACUUCCUGUAGAAAAUGUAAAAUGUCUGCCGUAAUGAUUGUGUAAUGCAAAACGGAAGUUUUAUCUGCCAUAAAGUUUUUACAUUUCAGUCAUUGUAAAAUGGCAGUAAAUUACUUUGGUCUUGGUUCUGCACAGACUAGUCAUUACCUCAUAAAUCUGCUAAUAAUUAAACUCUGUUUCUCCAAACUGACAUCACUCAAAAAAAUCUACAACAGUUAAAUUUUAUAUUGCUCAUAACCUUUACCACAGAACUCCACUUCAAAAACUCUGAACUAACCCUUGAAGUCAAAGUCUUUGUUUCGGUAAAAGUACAGUGCAAUACCAGAAAGCAUUUAUUUUAAUAAAUGUGUAUAGUAAAAGGAUUCAUAACAAUAAAUAAUCCCUGUAAACAGAUGGACUAUUUUAGAGUAGAAUUAUUUUGAUGGRGUCUCUUGACACAAAUACCACUGUGUAAUAUUAAUAAAUAUAUAGAGAGGAGGAGACAUGGUUCUCAUUCAUAAAGACAUUAAAGGGCCUGUGUUCUGAUUAAUUUCAUCUGUGUGUGUACAUAAUAGUUUGCAUCAGAACACACCGAUAUGUAGAUAUGUAUGUAAAUGUGUCAGCGUUUCAUCCUGAAUGUCUUCCUGUAACUGUUCUGUGUUUUGUGUAUUUUGAAGCAUUUGGAAGCGUAUUGAUGUAAACGGUUAGAGGUUGUUUGCUUAUGGUGUUGUGAAGCUAUACAAAGUCUUUAAAACUAUUUAUUAUGAGGCUAAUGUAAAAUAUAGGAGAUGCUAUGGUAUUUAGUGGUACAGUGUUUUGGCUAAAAUUAGGAUAUGGCUUUUUUUUUAGCCUGAAAUGGGCAAAGAAAAGUAAGCGGCAUGUCUGGAAACGCACUGUUUUGGUWUGCACUGCAGACUGAAAGUUCAUUUCAGGACACAGAAGAGAAGUAGGAGGUGGCAAGUGAGGAACAGUGUAACUUUAGAGCAUGUGAAACCCCAAAUAAUAUCAAGAGGGACAAAUUGGGGCAAAGUGAGCAACUUGAAACACACUUUAUGGUGUUUUAUAGCUUUUUGCAUGGAUGACUUAUGAUUGUAACUGAUGUGUAGUAGUUUCAGAAAGCAGGGCUGGGGCAGGGAGAAAACAAGAGCUGGUCAUUUUUUUAUGUGCAAGCUUCUGCUGUGAAUAUGGUAGUUUCAAAAGGAAUUGUUUUCAAGCCUUUGGCACAUUGUACUGCUGUUGUUUUUCUGUAUAGAAAGCUCAUCUGACUCAUUUAUGAUCAYAUAAUGACACUGGUGUUUAGUUGUUUUCCUCACUUGGUUUUCUUUCUUUAAAUSUUUGAAAUGUUUUUGUUGUGUCAUCUGCACUGUGAGCUGUCUAUUUUACCUCCUUUUCUUUUUGUGAAAAUACAUUUUUGCACGAGCAGCUGACUCAUACAUUUGUUUUUAUGUUUAGAUUUCAGUGUAACCAUUAAUUUGUUCUAAAUAACGSUCAAUAAAAAGAAUUCAUGAUGAAA